AUGCAUAGGACUGAGUCAAUUCCCAAAAUUCUCGUCGAUUCGGCGAGUUAUACUCUUGUAAUUACGAUGGCAUUGCUCACUGACGAUCUGAUACUGCAAAAUGAUGGUAUAAUAAUCGCAGAAAACACGCAGGUCGACAGGAGUCCUCAAAUUGCGUUCAAUGGCAUAGUGAACCCUCUUCCGCACUUAAUCGCCCAAUAUGCGACAUGUCCUAUUCCUUAUUUUGCCACUCCCUCUUUUCUUCUUUCUCUAUUUCUCUUCCUCUCCCUCCUACACUACCUUCAUCUUCUUUUUCUUCUUCUUCUUCUCUACCCCUGGCCAAAUGAUGCAUCUUUUUCUUUCUUUCAGGAUGCUGCCUUCGUUUCCAACCCUGAACCGCUGCGCUUCGCCUGCACAGAGCUUGGCCUCCGCCCAGAAAGCCUGGAAAAGUUGCUCUUAAACAAAUGCAUUUUUUGUCGAGAAUUAAUGCGACAUUCUAAUACUUUAUUGCCUGUUUUGCCCCUCUCCUGCGCCUUUUCUACCAUACAGACAGUUGGGAAGGAGUUGACUUGGAGCAGCGUACAAGCCUCCGUCGCCUCCAUGAACCGUGACUCGUUGGCCAAGUACCUUUACUCCGAAUACUUUGACCAUCUCAUCGACGAAGUGAACGUCAUUCUGGAGCCCCCCAAUCGCCGGUCUCUCGGGUCUCAGCAGAUCCGUACCAUCGGGCUUCUGGACAUCUACGGCUUUGAGGUAACCUACAUUCCGUCGUUUAUCGGUCUCGAUCUUCCCCCGCCCCUCCCUCCCUCGUGCCCCAUAAACGGUCGAGUUUGUCGUAUUCCAAAGAGUCAAAAUGGCGCUGGCGUUCCUCAAAGGCACCAACAGAUACGCGUCCUGUUCGCGUCUUUGUUUUCGAGCCUACCAGAAGAUCUUGUUUAA